UAGUUGCAGCCCAAGAACAAGCACGAAGAUGGUGCAGCCGCUAGAAUUUAGAAAGCUGGCGACGGAAGAAAGAAUCAUAAUGCCAGCCUGCUGACGCGAGCGCAAAAAGGCUGCCUUUGCCUUCGCAUGGUAUAGCGCACUUUGCAUUUGAAUUCAGAGGAUUAGCAGAAUUGAGGGCUUGAUUAGCUGUGCUUCCUUUUCGCAUUGGGUAUGACCACGCUUGGCAAGAGUAGGACGUUCACGUGCAGAAGCGACUGCAGCCGGUUGAAUUUCGCUUCGUACCAGCUUGCGGAGUGAAGUCAUCGAGUCUCAGGGGGUAGAAAGGUCCCACUAUGGCUUACUUGAUGACUUGGCAAUCUGACAACCUUGCUGAACAGAUGAAGACCACAUUUGGCCAUACUAGUAACACACGGAAUUGAUGUUGACAAUGUUUAACUGCUUAGUUGGUCAAGUAGGUUAGGGUUGUUCGCUUGGUAUCCCUUUGAGUUGCUUGAUGGGUAUCCAAGGGUUGCUGCCGGUGUUCAAGUCAAUUUCACAGAGCACUCACAUAAGCGAGUACGCUGGGAAGAAGGUAGCGGUAGACACUUAUGGCUGGCUGCAUAGAGGUGCCUUGUCCUGCAGCAGGGACCUCUGCCAGGGCAGACCAACACAUAAGUAUGUUGAUUUCUGUAUGCAUCGGGUGCGGAUGCUGAAGCACUCCAAGGUCAUCCCCAUCCUUGUCUUCGAUGGGGGUCCUCUCCCUGGCAAAUUGGAGGAAGAGAGCCGACGCGAAAUUUCGCGGAAAGAGAACCUGGCCAAGGCAGUUGCGCACGAGGAGUCAGGGAACCAUUCAGCAGCAUAUGAAUGCUAUCAGAAGGCUGUGGACAUCACACCCGCUCAUGCACUCCGGCUGAUCAAGGUUUUGCAAGAGGAGAAGAUUGAUUACAUUGUGGCCCCUUAUGAGGCUGACGCACAGCUUGCAUACCUCGUAAUCAAUGGUCUCGUUGAUGCAGUCAUCACUGAGGACUCGGACCUCCUCGCUCAUGGGUGUCCUAAGGUGCUCUACAAGAUGGACAAGUUCGGGAACGGCAUGCAGAUCCUGUACGCCGACCUGGUCAAGACCAAGGAGCUGUGCUUCACCAACUUCACGCAGCAGAUGGUGCUGGAGAUGUGCAUCUUCUCGGGCUGCGACUACCUGGCCUCCCUGCCCGGCAUGGGCGUCAAGCGAGCGCACGCGCUCGUGAAGCGGUUCAAGACCUUUCGAAAGGCAAUCAAGUGGCUCAAGUUCCAGGGCACCGACAUCCCCCCGGGUUACGAGGACGCGUUCCACCGCGCCGUGCUGACGUUCAAGCACCAGCGGGUGUUUGAUCCCGUCAGCCAGCGCGCGGUCUUCCUCACCGAACCCUACGGCAGCGACGUUCCGGACAACCUGGACUUCGUCGGACCGCCGCUGUCGCCAGAAACGGCACGUGCCAUUGCCGCGGGCCAGAUCUGCCCCAUCUCGCGGACUCCGUUUGAGGAUCUCAAGCAUUUCGAGAAAGGAACGAGCGCCAGCAAGCGGAAAAGAAAGGCGGACGUCCUGCCAGAAAGGAACACCAUGCACCGAUACUUAUCCGUCAACACUUCCACGUCCGCCAAAAAGCCGUUCAAGCAGCCAAGAACUGCCGUUGCGGCUGCCCCUCCCUCAGCAGCGGAAAGGCCGCAGCAACCAGAACCAGAGGAGCAAGUCCCAAGGACUGCCGACGAUCUCGACGAAUGGAACCGCUUACCGUCCGCUUCUCUGCCGGAGUCUGACGAGCUGGAUGCGCCCACCCCCUUCCAAAACCAAAAGCCAACUGCAAACGUGGAGAGGCGCCAGACUGCUAACGCUUUUGAGUUCGACCUAGAGAGAGAAGCGCCGCUGGCCAGCCUCGACUUCGACUCCGACCUCGAGCUUGACAAUCCGUUCGAGGCGUUCCGCAUCAAGGCGCGGAAGAGCCCCGGGCGGAAGGGCCCCGCGGAUCUUUUCGCCGCCUUUGGGGACGACUGGUCUACCGACGAGGCGUUGCCAGCCACGCGCGCCGCUGACUCCCCGCGAAGAACACCCCUCUACACCAGCGGCAGACUUGAGCCGCGAGCAGACCUCCAGCCGCGACCACAAAGCGGGCGCGAGUCGGAGAACGGGGGUUUAGGGUUUGGGGAGCGGUCGGGCGCCGGCGGCCGCGGCUUCGACCGGCGCGCGGCCGCGCUGCAGCCCGUGCGCUUGCCGGAUUUGAACCGGGGCGCUGUGGACCGGCCGAAGGUGGCCAAGAAGACGAGCAGCUUCUUCAAGAAACCGGCCGCCGCGGCCGUUCAUUUGGAGGAGCCGGCAGUAGUUGGGGGAGUGACGGCGGGGCUCGGAAGGACGGGCGACGGUGGCAAUGGGCAGGGGACGGGCGAGAUGUACGCAAGAGAAGAGAGUCCGCUCGAGGAUCACGGUGUUGAGGAGGAAAACCGGGACAGACCAAUCAGUCGAGGAUUUGGUGUAGCUACCACAGAUUACCGGUUGCAAGGGCUUCAUGACGACGGUCAAGGUGACGACGACAGGCAAGGCCAAGGUUGUUCGAAAAAGCUCGAGCAUCUAGAAGCCUACAGCUCGACAGCCACAAAGGCCAUGGAGGGCCUAGUUGCAAAGCUUCGAACUUUCAAAUACGUACCGAGCAGUAGUAGACAGAGCGCGCUUCGAAAUCCUCUAGGAAAUAAAAUGCGGAACGCUUUCCCGCGAUGACUCGUUCUCAGAUUAAACAGGGCGAGUUUGCAAUUGCCUUUGCUCUACAACAUUGAGCUGCAAGUCGCGCACUGGCAUCGAUCGCGGCGGAGUGACCCUGCAGCAAUUGGUGUUGAUCAGGAGACGACCUUUUAAUUUCAUUGCAUUCUGGAUUGAAGGGUCUUGGCAGAUCUGCAACCGUGUGAACAGCGCGUGACACUACCUGAAGAUGUA